AAUAGAAAGUUUGUUCUUUGAGCUUGACAUUGAUCUUUGCAUCCUUGAGUGGUCCUCGUAAACUACUCAAUUGAAUAAAAACAUAAAGAAAUAGCUGCUGGUUUGAAAGUGAAUGUAAAUCCUUUUAUUAGUUCAACAAUAUGCUGGAUGGGGGAUUCAAACCUAACCUCUAACCUCUUGAUUGAAAGUACAUUGUUUUAUAUCAGUUAAAUUAUGCUCAUGUUGGCAAUUGAAUGUAGUCAGUUAUGCUCAUGUUGAUUGAAAGUACAUUGUUUUAUAUCAGUUGAGUUAUGCUCAUGUUGGCAAUUGAAUGUAGUCAGUCUGUUGAACAAGAUAAAUCACAAAAUGGUCAAAUGUCUUGCUUGAUAUUUUAUUAUGAAGAUUGACAUUAUUGACUAAUUGAGAUUGGCUUAUUUGUUGUUAGGGCCUCGGUGGUGCAAUUUAUGUUAGUGUGUUUUUGAGGACUUAGAUCGUGUUUUGUGGGAUUCUUAAUAAUGGAAGCAUAGUUCGUGUCAACAGUUUGUUGGACUUACUAUGAAUCAAGGUGUGGUAUCAGUAUCAUGUCCUCCAUCGAUUACCAUACCCCACUACCACCAUAAAAACUUCAAGACAUUCAAGUCCUCAAAGGUCCUCCAUGCAUUAACUCUCCGUUCCCGUUACAUUCAUGCAAGGCGUCCUCCAAUUUGUUGUGUACAGACAAAUCCUUGGGAACCUGCACCGAUCACAUUUGCUCCCAACAAUGAAAAGGAUGAUGAUACCUUCUUGAAGAAAACCGAUAAUAUUUUUGAAAGUCUAAAUGCUGAUAGAACAACUGAAGUUCCGGAAGUAGACACUAAAGAACUUGUGGAGGCAAGUAAUCAACCAGAGGUACAUUUGCAGAUUUUCAAAUGGCCAAUGUGGCUUUUGGGGCCUUCUCUUCUCCUGACAACUGGGAUGGCCCCAACAUUGUGGCUUCCUAUGUCAUCUGUAUUUCUCGGUUCCAAUGUAGCCAGCCUCCUUUCUUUGAUUGGACUUGACUGCAUCUAUAAUCUCGGUGCCAUGCUUUUUCUUCUCAUGGCUGAUGCUUGUGCACGGCCCAAACAACUGAGAAAACCCAUGAGCAGUGAGGCUCCUUUCAGUUACCAAUUCUGGAACAUGCUUGCAAAUGUGUUUGGAUUUGUGAUCCCUUUCGUGAUGCUUUAUGGAUCUGAAAGUGGGUUCAUUCAACCCCAUCUGCCCUUCAUCUCCUUAGCAGUUCUAUUGGGUCCCUAUAUUCUACUCCUUUCAGUACAGAUUUUGACUGAAAUGCUGACGUGGCACUGGCGAUCCCCUGUUUGGCUGGUUACUCCUAUUGUAUACGAGGGUUAUCGAGUUUUGCAGCUGAUGAGAGGGUUGAAACUUGGGGCUGAACUCAGUGCACCGGCCUGGAUGAUGCACACAAUCAAAGGAUUGGUUUGCUGGUGGGUGCUUAUACUUGGUAUUCAACUUAUGAGAGUAGUUUGGUUUGCAGGUAUUGCUGCCUCCCUAUCUCGUAAGCAGGAAAUUGUCGCUAAUGGUUCGUGAAACUGCCAAUCAUAACAUAAGGGUGAGUUUGGGAUGACUUUUGGAAAAAAAAGUGUGAACUUCUAGAAACACUUUUACAAGAAGCACAACCAAAUACUUUACUCAAAACUAAGUAUAGUGUUUUUCUUAGUGGUUUUAGAAUUUUCAAAAUCAUUUUUAUUAUCAAACCAAAUGCUAUGACAACUUUGAAUUGUGCUUCUAAUGGAGUAAAAACACCUUUCAUCCUCCCAAAGUGAUUCCAAUAGAUAUAUUUCUAUUCUGAUAUGAGAUUUGUACAAAAUUAAACCUCAAAUAAGUUUAGAAAUAGGCAUAGUGCUAGAGGAAAUGUGAAACUAGGGGGACAUGGUUGUUGUAUAUGUUGCCUAUUUUUAUUACUCACAGAAUUAGGAGUUUGUGUAUAAGAGAUUGUGUUAUAGAUAGAACAUGAUAUUUGAUUAUUCAAAUUUAUGAGUGCAUUGGUGCAAA